CAUUUUUGUCGGAUGUUGGAUUUGUUUUUAAAGGGUGAGAUAGCGUAAAUUUAAUAUCUCUACACGAAAUAUAAUUUCCUUAAACGUGUAUAUAAAUUGUGAUUUACUUUUUAUUAAAUACAUCCAUUUUAAGUCGCACCACUUUGUUUUCACCUGGCUCCUAACGUUACCUUCAUCCGUUUUCAUCCCAUGUUUAUUAGUUUACAAAUCAGGCACAACGAUAAACAACAAACGGAAGAUCAGUCACGUUACGUUUUAGUGCCAUGUCUACAACGGUGGAUUUCAGGACUCAAGUUGACCAGUCGUGCAGAUACUCGGAGGAGUUUGUCAAUAUCUAUUACGAGUGUAUGGAUAAAAAAAGACGGAAUUUGAUGAGGCUGUAUCUGGAUAAAGCGACGCUGGUGUGGAAUGGAAACGCAGUCACUGGUCAAGAUGCUCUCGGUGAAUUCUUCGAGUCUCUUCCCUCCAGUGAGUUUCAGGUGCAAACCCUUGACUGUCAGCCUGUACACGAACAAGCAACUCAAGGCCAGACAACCUUGUUAGUGGUUGCGGCAGGCUCGGUGAAGUUUGAGGGAAACAAACAGAGAUUCUUCAACCAGAAUUUCUUACUAACAGCUCAAGCCUCUCCAAACAGUGACCAGCCUGUAUGGAAAAUCGCAAGUGACUGUUUUCGGUUUCAAGACUGGGCAAACUGAGCUGAAGCUUUCUCCCCCCCCCCCCUUUUUUUUUUGUAAACUAACCAGUAAAAAUGUGUUCUGUAAAUAAAAAAAAAUGCAAUGUUUGUUGAACCAAAAAUAAAAUGCCACAUCAUUUGAGUACAAAACGAUUUUACUUGUCCUCAGCACAAUAAUUCAUACAGCGACACACAAUAAAAAUAAUAAAUAAGCAUCAUAGAACAUUCUACAAGCAAAUUCACAAUUUCUCAACGCAAACACUUGACUGCUGUAUAUUCUUGCUUAUGGUGACGGUAACCCUGAGGGUUGUGAGGGGAAAAUAUCUGCUGAAUUGGUUGAUGGCUGUUAAUUUAACAAUGGCUAAAAAUCCCUGAACACAAAUAAUAGUGCAAAUGAUAAAAUUAUCAUAAAUAAAACACACAUCCCAGAAUGAAACAUUUGGUAAACCAAAAUGUAACAAAUUACAGUGUUUAUACAGAUCACACCCCUUCAGAAUCAAAUAAAUUAAACAAGGGCUCAAAUGAAAUGUAGUUGACCAAAUAAAAUACAGUAUACAAUAUAAACUGACGGACAAUAUUUCUUCAACCUCACUUCCUUUUAGUUUUAUGGAGAGAGACAAAA